CUUUUUAAUGUAUCUAUAAUUUCGAGAAAAAGAAGAAGGAGGAGGAGAAAGACCGGACUUUGAAAUGGGGCAUCCGCGAGUAGGAAUAAAAACCGCAUUUUUAACGAAGCGAAGAGAGAGGAGAGAGAAGACGGUUCUUCCUCUUCAAUUUUCGUUUUUUUCUUGAGCAUCAGUAGUUCCCUCCUUCUCAGUCCAAGAGACUUUCCCUUCGGAUCCUGUCGAGGUAUCUCUUUCGUUCUGGGAAUCAUAACAAUCUGUUCAAGAAAUGGAAAGCAAAAGCCGCAUUCCACUUCCUCAUUUAAGACGUCCUAUGCCAGGCCCUGGCUUGUUGCACACUGAGUCAUUUGUGCCAGGACUACGUCGUCCACCAGGUUCCUUUUCUGCUGCAGAUAUGUUGCCUCCCCCCCCAGAAGUUUUGGAGCAAAAGCUUGCUGCACAGCAUGGGGAGAUGCAGAGACUUGCUACAGAGAACCAGAGGCUUGCUAAUACACAUGGGGCAUUGAGACAGGAACUUGCUGCUGCGCAACAUGAGUUGCAGAUUUUACAUGCUCAAGUUGGAGCUGUGAAGUCUGAGAGAGAACAGCAGAUGAAGAGCCUUAUGGAUAAGAUUGCUAAGAUGGAGGCUGAUAUCCAAGCAGCAGAACCUCUUAAGUUGGAAUUGCAGAAGGCUCGAGCUGAUGCUCAGAAGUUGAUUGUCACAAGGCAGGAACUUUUUGCUAAAGUGCAACAGUUGACUCAAGAUCUUCAAAGGGCCCAUGCUGAUGUGCAACAGCUUCCUUCUCUUAUGUCUGAACUUGAGGGCCUCAGGAAGGACUACCAUCAUUGCAGGGUCACUUAUGAUUAUGAGAAGAGAUUAUUUGAUGAUCACCUUCAGCAACUUCAGGUGAUGGAGAAGAAUUAUGUUACCAUGGCCGCUGAAGUUGAAAAACUACGAGCUGAGCUUUCAAAUGCUGCUAAUGUUGAAGGAAGAGCUGUAGGACCACAGGGUGGCCCCACUGUAAAUGCUGGAAGUGAGGUGACUGGAAACUCUUCUGCGCAAACUGCACAUGGAGAUGGUCAUGGUGUUCCUCAGGCCAGUGGACCUCCUCCUCCAAAUGCGGGUGGUAAUGCUGGGGUUAAUCCUCCUACCACUUCCAUUCCGCCUGCUGGAGCUCCCGCAUAUCCUGGAGCUCCACCUAGGCCCGCUCCUCCAAGGCUUAACUAUGAUGCAACUGCCGCUGGUUAUGGCGCUGAGAGGGUACCCAGUUACAAUCCAUAUCGAGGCCCCAUUUAUGAUCCACAGAAAGGUGGCCUCGGUUAUGAUGCACAGAGAGGAGCUGGUUUCGAUAUGCAGAGAGGAAAUUACAAUAAUUUGUACAAGGCACCCGGCCAUGAGAUGCAGAGCGGACCUUCUUAUGAUGCAUCCAACGGUCCACUGCCAUAUGAUGUCCAAUCCAGAGGCACCGCUGGACAGCAGCACGGACAAGUCCCUCUGGCAAGCACUGUGCCCCCCUAUGCAUCCUCAACCCCACCAUCUCGCCCUGGCGGCGGUACUUAUGAUGCACUGCCUCGAGGUGGAAACCUGGCUUGGAAAUAGGCUCGAAACAUUGCGACCUGGUGGUGGCCUAUAUGACCUUGGUGAUAGGAUCAAAAUUUGUGUAGGGCUCUUGCCUGGAAUAUGAAUCUCCUUCCUAGAGCAUGUCAGUGAAAUGAAGUGGGCACUACUUUUAGUUAGCCUGCGAAAGACCCUAGGCUAGAGAGAUUCGAUUUGGUUCCCAUCAGGAUGGGAGGAUGUAUUCCUGGUUAUGGAACGAGAGGUUCUUUUGUGAAAACCGACGUCCCCGGUCCGACUCGCAUCCAAGGGGAAAAAUGAAGAUGUCGAUUUUGUUUC